UGAAUCCCCAAUUCCAAUAUAGUCCAAGUUUCCAUUUAGAUGCAGAUGUGAAAAUAGGAGUUUAUAAAUGUCUCCAAAGAAUGGUUCCUGAUUCUAAUGAGAGAGUAAAAAUUGAUUGCCAAAUGGACACAUUCAAAGCUGCAAGAGGGCUCUUUGGCCUAGAUAAUGCAAUAUUGACAAGGAACAAGAAGUCUCCAGCUGAAUGGUGGGAUUCAUAUGGUGAUGAGUGCCCCGAGUUGAAGCGGUUUGCAAUUAGAAUAUUGAGUUUAACAUGUAGCUCUUCGGGAUGUGAAAGGAAUUGGAGUGCCUUUGAGAUGGUGCAUUCAAAAAGGAGAAACCGGUUGCAACAAAAGAAAAUGAAUGAUUUAGUAUUUGUUAUGUAUAACAUAAAAUUGAAGGAGAGGAACUUGAAAAGACAAGCUGUCAUAGAACCAAUUAUUUUUGAAGAUGUCUCUUCCGAUGAUGAAUGGAUUACCGAAAAAGAAGAUCCGGUUCUUCCAACAAAAACUAAAUGGUUGAGGGUUCUUGAUGACAAAGUUCAAGAAGAUGAUUCCGAUGAAGAAGAUGAAGUAGAAAGGAUGACUAGGACAUUUGAGGAAAUUUAUGCAAUUGAUGAUAAUGAAGAUUUGCAGCCAUUAAAUCCUAUUGAUGAAGCUAAUGAGGAAGAUGGUGCAGGGUUCAAUGAUGACUUUAUGGAUAUGUAA